AUGGCGGGAUCCACGCCGCCCCUGGGCUUGACCAUUGUCCCUUGGCAGGUCGACGGCCAGCAGGCACGGGGGAGGCCGAAGAGAAUCCCGGAUCCCAGGAUCAGGACGCCGACCGGGCGCCUGCCCAAGGUUCGGAGCGCCUGUAAUGCCUGCCGAGACAAGAAGACCCGCUGCUCCGGCCAUAUGCCCUGCAUCCGGUGCCGAAAGUAUGGCGAGACGUGCGAGUAUAUGCCCAAGGCCUCCGAUCCACCCGUAGACGUGACCGGCGAGGUCGGUCAGAGCAGUCUCGAGGCAGCACGAGGCUCGGCCGAACUCUCCGUCCACCGGCAGGAAGAGAGCGGCAGCCCCCUGCUGAAUGAAGGCACCAUCGAAGACACCGUCCAGCAGGACCAGUUCGGCCACUAUCAUGGCGGCACAUCCGAGUUUGCCUACCUGCAGUAUACCAAGCAGAAGCUGGCCAGUAUCCCCUCCAUGUCCAUCUACUUUGUCGACUCUCCCUUCCCGAAGCUUGAGGAAUCUGAUUGGAUCCUCCCGCCGAAGCCCAUUGCAGAUGAGUUGAUGCACUCAUACUUUGACUUUGGCUUGACCACGACGCGUUUUGUUCAUGAGCCGAGCAUGCGGCAGAUAUACGAGACCUUCUAUGGACACCUCGAUGCUCGGAAGGAGCUCGGCUCAGAUGUCAUCGCUCUUCUCUACAUGGUGUUUGCCUUGGGGUCACACUACUCUAAGCUGGAGAACCUUUUCUGCGGCUAUAACUCUAGCGUUCGCUUCUUCGAAAUGGGCAUGAAACAGCUCGAGAAAGACCCCAGCCGCAUCACGCUCGCUACCUUGCAAACUAGACUCCUGGCCAUCCACUUCCUCAUCCACCAUUCAAGGCUCCAUCAGGCAUGGUCCACGUUUGGCACCCUCGUGCGUCACGCCCAGGCGUUGGGCAUUCAUCGCCAUUCCAUCGGCCCACCAACAGACUACAUCGCCCACGUCUUCCGCAAGCGCAUCUUCUGGACCAUGUACAUCAACGACCGCCAGCUGAGCAGCUUGUUUGGACGGCCGUGCGCCAUCCACGACGAUGACAUCGACCAGGAAGAGUGCGAGUUCGCCGAUGACGACGGCAUCACCGUAUCGGGUAUCAUCCACACCCCAAAGGACCAGUUCUGUGCCGCUGCAGCUCUCAUCUAUUACUCUCGCGUCGCGCGGAUCCUAGGUAAGAUUCUUCGAGAGUUGUACAGCCCCGCAGCUCGCCUCAGACCAAUAUCCAAACUAUACAAAUCGGCCAUGGAGCUGGAGAAUGAUUUGUGUGAAUGGAAGGCCAAUCUCCCACCCUACCUGGAUUUCUUCCUCAUCCCACAGUCGGCGUUGUCGGUGCUGAUGAGGAGGCAACUGGCCACGAUCAAGACCAUGUACGCCCAUACGAGCUUGCUGCUGUACCGGCCCUUCAUCCUCUACUCCCUCGAGACCAACGCAAUCCGCCAGCCAAGCCUGGACCAGUGGGUUGAGAAGUGCCACGACAAGUCCAUCAGCGCUGCGAAGAUGGUCAUCUCCGAGUGUCACUUCCUUCUGCAAAAGGGAAUGUUCUCGCGAAUAUUCUUCAUGAACAACUACAUCCAGUUCGCCUCAAUCGGCACACUGCUCCUGUACACGCACUUCUGGCCCGGCAAGUACGACAUCAGAGAAAUCGCAGACCGGGCACUGAGCGAGCUCCCCAUCGGAGUGGACGGGGACCCCCUCGGCCAGCGAUUCCUCGAGGUCCUGCACGAGCUCCACGACCUCACUGGCGGCGCGACCGGAACGGAGGUUGGCCCCCUCCCUCCGGAGCAAGACGGGUUAGCACAGCCCGGCGUGCCCGACUGCAACGCCGUUUCCGAAUUCGCCAACCUGCAGGUCCAAGGCCAGCUGGGGGGCGACAACGUGGCAUCGCUGGACAAUCUCUGGGCGGACCUCAGCGGGCCGUGGACGACCUUGUUCUUUGACUCGACGGCCUACGAUGGCUAUGUGGGCGGGGAUCCUGGGGUCGGUGGGAUGACCUGA